UGUAUUCGGUAUACUAUACUAACCAUACAAUGCUGGUCCCAGCCGCACUUGUGUAUAACACAAAAAUGCCCAAAAUAUUCAAACCUAAUUCAACACUUCUUAUUCAAUUUUUACAUGGAGAAUGCAGCGUUAUAGACGGUAGGCUGUUGUUGACGGUAGGCUGUUGUUGCCAGAUUUUAAGUUCAUUAUUUCAAAAAUAGGUUUUAGCGUAACGUUUAAAUUCAUUUGAGAAAUCAUGGAUGAGUUUGGCUUCGAAGAGGAUUUUUUGAGCGACCUACGAAAUUUGUGCUCGCCCGAUUCGUUCAUCGAUGUGUUGUCGAGCGAAAUGGCGGGCUACCCACCAACCCACUCCAGCCCUGGUGGGAGCACACCUUCGGUAAUGAUGGAUUACUCUCCACCCCACUCCAGCCCUAGUGGGGGCAUGCCUACGGUAAUGAUGGAUUACCCACCACCCCACUCCAGCCCUAGUGGAGGCAUGCCUUCGGUAAUGAUGGAUUACUCGCCACCCCACUUCAGCCCUGGUGGUGGCACGUCUUCGGCAAAGAUGGAUUACUCACCACCCCACUCCAGCCCUGGUGGUGGCAUGCCUUCGUUAAUGACGGGCUAUCCACCACAUGACCCAGUUGGGGGAAUGCCAGCUGGCUCCAUUGAAAACGACAUUCCAGUUAGUUGCAAAAUGAAGUCACUGGAUGGUACCAGAAUGGAUAUUCCUGUGGCUGAUUCCAAUGGAGGCAGUCUUCAUUUUACCGCAAGUCACCCUGAAAACGAAGAAGAUGGUCGACUCAUGCCUCCGCCGUCCUCGCCUUUUGUGAGAAGUGCUAAGAAAACUUCAGGUUCUUCUCCCAACUUUAAGGACUUUUCGCCUAAUUUCAAUGUUUAUUCGCCCAAUGUCAAGGCUUCUUGGCCCAAUGUUCAGGCUUCAUCGUCCAAUAUUCGUAUCUCGAGCUGCCCCGUUUCCACUCAAUCAACGACAUUCUUUCAGGCUCCUGGGUCUUCAGCGACCACAAUGAACUACGCCUCGUCUUCUAGGCCGGGUUCCUUCCUGUUAGCACCUUCAAACAUAACGCCUAAAUUUGUAUCGACUGCAAUCGCUUCAACCGCGUCGUCUGCAAUUGUCUCAACCGCGUUGUCUGCAAUCGUCUCAACCUCGUCGUCUGCAAUCGUCUCAACUGCGUCGUCGUCAAUCGUCUCAACCGCGUCGUCUGCAAUCGUCUCAACGGCGUCGUCUGCAAUCGUCUCAACAAAACUACCUACCCAAUACAGCAGCAAUCUACCCACCCAAUACAGCAGCAAACUACCUACCCAAUGCAGCAGCAAACUACCUACCCGAUGCAGCAGCAAACUACCUACCCGAUGCAGCAGCAAAAUACCUACCCGAUGCAGCAGCAAAAUACCUACCCGAUGCAGCAGCAAACUACCUACCCGAUGCAGCAGCAAACUACCCACCCGAUACAGCAGCAAUCUACCCACCCGAUGCAGCAGCACACUACCUACCCGCUGCAGCAGCAAUCUACCCACCAGAUGCAGCAGCAAACUACCUAUCCGAUGCAGCAGCAGCAGCUCGUCACUCACCCUCAGCAACAGCAGCAUCAGCAGUCCAUCACCCACCCUCUGCAGCAGCAGCAGCAGUCCAUCACUCACCCUCAUCAUCAGCAGCAGUGCAUCACCCACUCUCUGCAGCAGCAGCAGUCCAUCACUCACCCUCAUCAUCAGCAGCAGUCCAUCACCCACCUUCAUCAUCAGCAUCAGUCCAUCACUCACCUUCAUCAUCAGCAGCUGUCCAUCACCCACCUUCAUCAUCAGCAGCAGUCCAUCACUCACCCUCUGCAGCAGCAGCAUUCCAUCACCCACCCUCAGCAGCAGCAGCAGUCCAUCACACACCCUCAGCAGCAGCAGCAGCAGCUCAUCACUCACCUUCAGCAGCAGCAGCAGAUCAUUACUCAUCCUGAGCAGCAGCAGCAGCAGCAGCAGCAGUCCAUCAGCCACCCUCAGCAGCAGCAGCAGUCCAUCACUCACCCUCAGCAGCAGCAGCAGUCCAUCACUCACCCUCAGCAGCAGCAGCAGGAGCCCAUCACUCACCCUCAGCAGCAGCCCAUCACUCACCCUCAGCAGCAGCCCAUCACUCACCCUCAGCAGCAGCAGGAGCAGCAGUCUAUCAGCCACCCUCAGCAGCAGCAGCAGCUCAUCACUCACCCUCAGCAGCAGCAGCUCAUCACUCACCCUCAGCAGCAGCAGCAGCAUCCCAUCACCCACCUUCAGCAGCAACAGCAGCAGCCCAUCACCCACCCUCAGCAGCAGCAGUCCAUCACCCACCCUCAGCAACAGCAGCAGCAGCAGCCCGUCACCCACCCCCGGCACCCUGCUGGAGUCCAACAUAGCCGGUCUUCCAUUUCUUAUGAUGACAAUUCUACCGCGUUAG